AUGUCACUAUCUACUUUAUCUGAAAACGGACAUAUCGAAGUAGGUCAGGGCCGAGAUAAUCCGUUGAUCAAGAUCUACUAUGAACUGCACGGGAAUGGCCCUGAAAAAGUGUGCCUUAUUAUGGGCUUGAACUCAUCAUGCUUUUCAUGGGAGCUCCAAACUAAAUAUCUUGCUGAGACAAACAAAUAUACUGUUCUCAUUUUUGAUAAUCGUGGUAUGGGAUUGUCUGAUUCUCCAAAAGGAAUGUAUACAACCUCUCAAAUGGCCCAAGAUGUGAUCGACAUGCUAGACCACCUUGGUUGGAAGAAUCGCGUUCACUUAAAUGGUAUCUCUAUGGGUGGAAUGAUAGCAUUGGAACUUGUAUCCACUUGGCCAGAUAGGUUUGCUUCUUUGAUUUUAACAAGCACAACUUCUGGUCGACAAAUACCACCGCUUAAAGCCAUCACAACACUUACUAAAAAUAUUUUUGUUCGAGAUCCUAAACUGAAACUCGGCUCUUUCAUUGAGAUUGUCUAUCCUCCGGAAUGGCUUUCCUCAAAACCUACUGUUGAGGACGAUCCAGACGAGAAGUUUGAAACCAACCGGGAUAUGGUUAUUUCUACGGCUUUAGCAAGAAUCGAGCGCACUAAGCCGCAGACAAUUAAUGGAAAUUUAGGUCAGAUGGCUGCUUGUUUGCGGCAUUAUGUAUCUGACGAACGCUUAUUAAAGAUCAAAAACUCAGGCAUUCCGGUCUUGGUUAUCACUGGCACCUGGGAUAAUUUGGUCAAUCCCAAGAAUUCAUACCACAUUAGUAAAGUAUUAGAGUGUCCCUUAGAAGUUUUUGACAGCAGUGGUCAUGGUAUUCCUGGCGAACGACCGUCAAGAUACAAUAAGUUGCUAGAUGAACAUUUUAGUAAGGCUUUUAAAACUUCAUCAACAGAAAAUUAG